GAGGCGCGUUAAAUUCUGGAGACUUCAGAGGGCACCAUGUUGACAGGCCACCAGCAGCUCUGAGAUUGAAGCAACAACCCUCACAUUAAAAAGUGUUCUGAGGCCCGUGCAGACAUGGGAAAUGGAAUAAACAAGAUCCUUCCUGAUCUCUACUUGGGGAACCUUAAAGAUGCCCGAGACCCGGAGCUGCUGGCACAGCACAACAUCACCCACAUCCUGUCCAUCCACGACACAGCUGCACCCGUCCUGGAGGACAAGACGUAUCUUUGUAUAUCUGCUGCUGACCACUCCAAACAAAACCUGACGCAGUACUUCAGAGACAGCAUCAUGUUCAUCCACGAGUCUCGGCUGAAGGGGGAAGGCUGCCUCGUUCACUGUGUGGCAGGAGUGUCCCGCAGCGUCACUCUGGUGGUGGCCUACAUCAUGACGGUGACGGGCCGCGGCUGGGUGGAGGCGCUGGCCGCGGUGAGGUCGGCCAGGCCAUGCGCGGGGCCGAACCUGGGCUUCCUGAGGCAGCUGGAGGAGUUCGAGAACACGGAGCUCAGAGAGUAUCGAGCCUGGUGGACGGAGCGGUACGGAAAGGACUCGUUCAAGGACGAAGAAGAGGUCGGAAACCUUUUAAUUCGUAAAAAUAGCCAUGAAAUGAUGAGCAGCGACACCUGAAAGAGACUUUUUGCGGUUGUCGUUUGACCUCGACUCUCUGUGUGCUCCUGCUUGGACCCACAAAAGACCGGAGCAGUCGUUGGAAAAUCAGGAGCGCCCGUCUCUUUUAAAACGGUACCUAUUGACAGGAUGGGCUGAAUCUUUGCCGAGCCGAUCAGCAGCCGUGUGAUUGGGAGGGGGGGAUUUUUAUGUCGCUGGCGUCAGUUCCCUUCGCCAUGUCGCGUCCCUGCUGCUAACUGUCAAACAACAUGCACGGGCAGUCAAGCAUGACUUCGAGGGAACAUGUAGUGUGCAGUCCCCCCGGUAGUUAUGUUAUGCUGUGUCCUGUUCUUGAAAUAUGAGUUUC